AUGAGUGAAAAACUUACUCUAAAAUAUGUGUUGAACAAUACAAAUAAUUCAUUAAUUAAUAUCACAGACGAUUCAACAAUACCAACAAUAUAUGCACUUGGUCCAGGAUUGGCUACAAUAUCAUCAAUAUGUAUUAUUAUUGGAACAUUUUUUUCAAUCAUUUCUAUAUAUCGUUAUUUUCGAAAACCAAGUCUUCGUACUUAUUUUACUUAUAUUUUUCAUUAUAUGUCAAUAUAUUGUCUUAUAUCAUCAUUUAUAAAUGUGCCCGUGUUUUUAAUGGGAUAUUAUUUACAUUUAUUUGACUAUUCUAGUCAUCUUUGUCAAUAUUAUAGUGUAAAUGCAUUGUCAAUUAAUAUAGGUAUGGUUACAUGUUUAGCUUAUGCUAGUUUAGAAUGA